AUGGGACAUGAGGAGCAUGGAGGGACUUGGCACAUGGAAGCAGCUCAACUGGAUACGCAAAGGAAGAAGGGAGAAGCCAUCUUGAAGACCAGCUCGACCGUCUACUCGACCAACCGGUCGAGUUCCUCAACUCGACCGGCCAAGCUUCAACUCGAUCGAGCUGAGAAGUCAAAGUCAAACCCGAAAAAUGCGACUCCCCACACGAAAGUGAUGGCAUUCGCUGGAAAAGAUCCACUAAGAGCUCCAAUAUCUCUUGCUCUAGACAAUAGAGGAACAAUGGUGUCCACGACAAGAGGAACUCUCUCUCGAGCCGCGGCGGAGAAGGCGGAAGGAAAGAAACCGGUGACGGAGGAAGGCUCAGGCAGUAGGAAAAGCGGAUCCACGGUCAUGAAAGGCAAGGACUACGCCGAGAUCUUUGGCCAGAUGCCUUUUGUCGGAACGAGAUACCCUGACCUCACGACAAUGGCAGAGCUAGGGACCUAUCAGGACUGUCACUACCUCUUCGAUUAG